AUGGCGAUCAAGAUCAAGACGCCCAAACUCGAGGGUCGCCCACUCACAUGGCUCCUCCUCUUCACAGCAGGCAUGGCGUUCCUGCUCUUCGGCUACGACAUGGGUGUUUGUGGCGGCGUCACCGAGCUCCACGCGUUCCGCGCGACCUUUGGCUAUCCCGACGCGACCAUAUUGGGUCUUAUGGUUGCCAGCUACAACAUAGGGUGUCUGGCUGGCGCGGCGCUAGCCUUCUGUCUGGGCGACUGGCUGGGCCGCAAGCGGUCGAUCAUUUUUGGGUGUGUAGUUGUCUCCAUUGGCGCCGUUUUGCAAUGCUCCGCGUUCUCCCAGGCGCAGUGGAUCGUUGGGCGCAUUAUUGCUGGUAUUGGAACCGGAUCUAUCUCUUCAACUGUCCCCGUCUGGGUCUCCGAGUGCAGCAAGCCCCAUCGUCGCGGCGUGCUUGUUAUCCUGGAAGUUACCAUCGUCAUCGGGGGCAUUGCCCUUUCAAACUGGUCCAACUACGGCUUCAUCUACCGCUCCCCAUGGCUCAAUGGUACAGACACGCAGUGGCGGGUUCCCAUCGCCGGCCAGCUCGUCUUCCCGCUUUUCGUCUUCGCGACCAUUGGCAUGUGCCCCGAGUCGCCACGCUGGCUGGCUCAGGUCGGGCGGUACGACGAGGUGGCACCUUUACUUGCGCGCCUGCAUGGCAAGAACAUCUCUGUUGAUGAGCCAGAGGUCCAAGCCCUCACCGACAGUAUCAUUCAGACCGCCAAGCACGAGGCAGCGAUCGGCGACACCAAUUGGCGUGAAUGCUUCGAGAUGGGAGAGCUCCAGAACUUUAGACGCCUUGUGCUCUGUGGUCUCGCCGGCUUCUUCCAACAAGCGACUGGUAUCCAGGUCGUCGUCUACUACGCUCCGGCCGUCUUCGCGAACGUUGGCAUGGACCCUGAAAUGUCCUUCAUCAUGGCAGGUGGCGCCCAGCUUGCAUUCCUCGUUGGCUCAGCUCUGCCGACAUUGUACAUUGAGCGCCUUGGGCGCCGCCGCGCGAUGAUGAUGUGCUCGGCCAUGACAGGCACCUGUAUGCUAGCUGUUGCUGUGUGCGUCGCUCUUGGCGGCAAGCACCCUGAGUGGAAGGUGUCCACAGGCUGGGCGGCCACUGUCUUCAUCUUCAUCUACGAGUUCACAUUCGGCAUGGGCUGGAACUCUAUGAGCUGGCUCUACGGUUCCGAGGUCGCUUCGUUCCGUCUGCGCAACAAGGGGUCGGCCACACAGAAUCUUUGCAACUGGGCGACGGCCAUUAUUGCAGUCAUGACGACGCCGAUAGGCCUUCAGAAUAUCGGGUGGUGUUUCUACCUCGUCUGGGCCACUGUCACGUUGGCAGGCAUCCCUAUCGUCUAUUGCUGCUUCCCAGAAACUUCUGGUCGCUCCUUGGAACAGAUGGACCUAUUCUUUGCCAAGUACCGUCAUUGGCGCAUCAACAAGGUGGCCCACGAGUGGAUCGAACUUCCAUCGGAUGAUAUUGCAGCGUCGCCCAUGCCCGACUCUAAGAAUUCAUUUUCGCACGUCGAGGAAAAGAUUGUCGGUGUGUAA